GCCUGGAACUUGUGCUCUGCUGUCUUCAGGACGCGGGCCGGAACCUUGGCGCGGCGAUGUUGGUUUCCGGCGGGCGCCUUAGAGCGCUGAGCAGCUUUGGGCCCCAGGACCAUGCGAGGGCCCGAGCCGGGUCCCGAGCCCACGAUGGAGGGAGACGUGCUGGAUACGCUCGAGGCGCUGGGGUACAAGGGACCACUGUUAGAAGAGCAGAUCCUUACCAAGGCAGCAGAAAGUGGACUGUCUUCGCCUGAAUUUGCAGAGCUGUGUGUUUGGCUAGGCUCUCAAAUAAAGUCCUUAUGCAACUUGGAAGAAAGUAUCACUUCAGCUGGAAGAGAUGAUCUGGAAAGCUUCCAGCUUGAAAUAAGUGGUUUUUUAAAAGAAAUGGCCUGUCCGUAUUCUGUACUUGUAUCAGGAGAAAUUAAAGACCGUUUAAAAAACAAGGACGACUGUUUGAAACUUCUGUUAUUUUUAAGUACAGAACUUCAAGCUUUACAGAUAUUGCAGAACAAGAAACAUAAAAAAACUCAAUUAGAUGAAACUAGUGAAAUCUCUCAGGAAGUUCAAGCUGUGUGUGAUGCCCUUGGUGUACCCAAGUCAGCCACUUCUGACAUUGCACUUAUGCUAAACCAAGUGGAAUCAAAGGUAAAGGAUAUUCUCUCAAAAGUCCAGAAAAACCAUGUGGGUAAACCACUGCUGAAAACUGAUUUAAAUCCAGAACAAAUGGAACAAUUGGAAAAAAUCAAUGAUGCCCUUUGCUGUGAAUAUGAAUGCCGCCGGAGGAUGUUAAUGAAGCGAUUAGAUGUGACAGUGCAGUCCUUUGGGUGGUCCGAUAGAGCAAAGGUAAAAACAGAUGACAUAGCAAGGAUUUACCAGCCCAAGCGUUACGCUCUGUCACCCAAGACGACAGUCACUUUGGCGCACCUGCUCGCUGCUCGUGAAGAUCUGUCUAAGAUCAUUAGGACAAGCAGUGGGACCAGCCGUGAGAAGACCGCAUGUGCCAUCAAUAAGGUGCUGAUGGGAAGGGUACCUGACAGAGGAGGACGGCCGAAUGAAAUUGAACCACCACCACCUGAAAUGCCUCCUUGGCAAAAGAGACAAGAAGGCGGGGGGAGGGGUGGUUGGGGUGGUGGUGGAGGUGGUGGCAGAGGAGGUGGUGGGGGUGGAAGAGGUGGCUGGGGAGGUGGAGGAGGUGGAGGAGGUUGGGGAGGGGGUGGAGGUGGGGGAGGAGGAUGGGGAGGAGGAGGAGGUGGGGGAGGAGGAGGUAGAGGAGGCUUCCAAGGCAGGGGAGAUUAUGGUGGAAGAGGGGGCUAUGGUGGAAGAGGGGGCUAUGGUGGAAGGGGUUAUGGAGAUCCAUAUGGAGGAGGAGGAGGUGGUGGUGGUGGAUAUAGAAGAUACUAAAUUCAGAAAUCAGAUAGCAGGGCUCAGUUUUUUUAUUAGGCAUAGUAUUCUAAACAACUUGAAGAUCUGUUAAGUGAACACUCUUUUAGGCUCCCUAAGAGUAUCAUUCUUGAAUUUGGUUGAUAUGUAAGAACAUUGUUUUAUACUAUCAAUUCAUCUCUCCAAGUGGUCAUUUUUUCCGUAUUCUAUGUACCCUUGAGCAUGUUGUGUCUUUUUUAAAAAAAAACAGAAAGGAAAGAAAAAAUUUUUUAAUUGUAAAAAAUGGAAAGUAUUUUAUUGUCAUGAUUGAACGUAAACUGCUACCUGCAUUUUGUUCAGGUUUGACACAUGAAAGACUCCAUCUGUAAUGAAAAGGAAUAGAGAUUCUUGCCUCACCUGUAUUCCUGUGGGUGUGUUUUAUGACUGCUAAUUCUGUUUUACAAAACAGGGACCGAGACUGAUAAUUGUGUUUGAUAAGUGGUAGUUGUGAUUUGUUUUUUCUUUGAUGGGAUGAGAUGAUUCUUGUCACCUUUCGGUUCCAUUAACUGAAGCCCACGUCUGCCUUUUCUUCUAA